AUGGAUCCUGUCAAGGAUCAGCAAGACAGACCUUCCAUCAUGGAGAAGGAAAGCGACACCAAGAGUUUGGCAGAGUCAACCCCAAUCGUCUCUCUCGAGGAUGCUGAUGAGACUGCGAUUUUCUACAAUGCCAACAGACACUUGGUUGGCCCACUCACGCCAGAUCUGCGCUCCAAGAUUGUUCGCAAGAACUUCUGGGCACUACUCAGCCAAACGUGGUGGAUCGCUUUUCUCAUCCAUCUCGACAAGUCGACACUCUCGCAGGCUAGUACCAUGGGCAUCUUCCGUGAUGUUCAUAUGUCGAAGAAAACGUACAAUGACCUCUUUUUGGUGUUCUAUGCCGGUUACCUGAUCGCUCUGUGGCCUGGCGCUUGGCUAUCUCAACGCAUUGGCCAUCGUGUUUUCAUCAUCGGCUCUCUGUUUUUCUGGGCUCUCCUUAUCGGCCUCCACUGCACCGUCACCACCGGCCCGCAAAUGAUGGCUCUCCGUUUCUUCCUCGGAAUGGUCAGUUUGUCGCGUGGACACACGUCAAGCAAUGUCCGGUGAACCUGACUUGUUCCAUUGUCGUCCAUUGCCAGACCGAGUCGCAAAUUGUACCAUCUACUACGGUCCUGCAUCAGGCGUUUUUCCCGCCCAAGAAGAGCCCGUGGGUGCAACUCCUGUGGUGGGCAGCUGGUGGACUCGCCAACGUCAUGCUCACCAUGGUCGCCUACAAGCUCAUCAUCGAUGAAGGUAACGUCACGCUGCUUCACGGUCUUUCGUCGUGGAAGUGGCUGCACAUCAUCUGUGCUGCGGUUACUUUUGCCAUCUUUGUACCGCUCCUGCUCUUUGUGAGUUGGCUUUGAUGCAAUUCUUUCCCCGUUCAUCGUCACUGACUCCCACGUAACAUUUUCAUCCCGUCAGCUGCCCAACACACCUGUCGACGCAAAGUGGCUGACUCGUGACGAGAAGGUACAUACCAUCGCGAUGAUUAGAGAGACGCAUGCAGGUGUUGCGAACCGUCAUUUCAAAUGGCACCAUCUUCGCGAGCUGUAUACCGACCUCAAGAGCUGGUUGUUCAUGUGCGUUGAGCCGUCGUCUACGCGCAACAAAUGAGCUGACUGCUGACAUCGCUGCUCUAUUCCACCCUGGACGAUCAGCUUCCACAUGUUCUUCAACGAGCUUCCGAACAAUACCUCGCAGCAGUUGCCACUCAUCGUUGUGGGCUUUGGUUUCACACCAGCUGAGAGUGCUCUCUUCAACAUCGUCAAACCUAUCUGGGGCUCGGGUCAGUACAAUGCGUCUGCCGUGCCACAUCCACGCCUUGAUGCUUACCAGACUAACCUCUUCCGUAUAUGAUGACAGUGCUGAUCCUCGUCACAGCCGCAAUGCUGUAUAGCACUCGUCUCGGUGUCGGCUACACCUGCGCCCUCUCCUACAUCCCGUGCUUCAUCGGCGGCAUUAUUGAGCUAGCAUCUCCUUGGUCGAACAAAGUAGCGCUUGUCGUUGGCACGCAAAUUUCGACUUUCAAGCCGUCAUACUUGUGAGUCGUCUUCGUGGUGCCUUUCGUCUGCGUUUAUGACGCUGACUGCUGCCGCUCCCUACAUCCCACCUAGACUGGGUCUGUCUUGGGCUGGGACGACGACGACCGGUCACACGAAGCGAAUUGCCCUCAUGUCUUCAUGCAUCGUAGCAGCUUCGGUUGCCAAUAUGAUUUCCCCGGAGUAAGCGUUCAAAGAGGUCUGGUGCCAGCCUCAGAGACUGUAACGCCACCAGUGCUGACAGCGUCCCGCACCGCGCAGAUUCUGGCAACCCCAGUACGCACCCCGCUACAAGCUUCCUUGGGCUUUCAUGACCGCUUUCUGGUUUAUUUCACCCGCCAUGUGUCUCGUCAUACGCUGGCAUUUGCAGAAAGAGAACAGGCGCCGUCAAGCUUUACUGGCCCAGGGAGAGACGAAGGAUGGAGCGCUUGGAGAAGGUGAAAGAGGUCUGCACAAGGUCGAACAAGCUAGACUCGAUCUUGGAAACAGCGAGAAACUCAGCAUCGAGAACGAAGAUCUCGACCUCACCGAUCGCGAGAAUUUGCGCUUCGUAUACCCUUUGUAG